AAAAUAAAGGAGGAGGAAACAGAAACAUGAAGAUUACUCAUCAUUGUUUGGUUUCUCUUCUCUCAAUCCUCCUUUUGUCUGGAUACGCCUUGUCUCUUCACAUAUCUCUUGAUGAAUUUGAGUCACACCCAGCCACAAGCCGAGCUCUUCUUCAGGCAAGGGCAACAUGCAAAGAAGAUUUUGCGGCCAAGAAUUACACAAUCAUAACAAGUAAAUGCAAAGGACCAAAUUAUCCGGCCAAGGUAUGUUGCUCGGCCUUCAAGGACUUUGCUUGCCCAUUCGCGGAAGUUCUUAACGACGAAAAGACAGAUUGUGCCUCCACAAUGUUCAGCUACAUCAAUCUCUACGGUCGUUAUCCUCCUGGAAUAUUUGCUAACAUGUGCAAAGAAGGCAAAGAAGGCCUCGAUUGCACCGACGUCACCACCACCUCUUCUUCCCAUGCAUCGAUCCCUCUAGUUUCCACACACGCUCUGCUAAUCACCGUUUUCAUCUUGUUUCGCCUCUUCUAAAGACUUGUAAAUGUUACAAUAUAAAAAAAAAAAAAAAAAAAAAUGUUACAAUAUGAGUUAUAUAUUACAUUCCAUUGUUAGUUGUUUUGUGAUCAUAGAUGUAAAUGAUUGAUUUUUGUUUGCUGUGUCAUUAAAAUCAUUCGUUAUGA